GAGUUAGAGGUGGAGUGCGAGGAUAGGGAGGAAUGCUGGCGAAAGAGGACAGGCCUCGAGCGAGAGGCGAACAGUAGGGGACGGAGAGAGCAGAGGGAUGGAUAAGUAUGGCAGUCCGAAGAAACGAAUGAAAAUAGAUUUCAGGAAGGCACUUAGCAAGGCAUUUUGCAAGGCGCUAGGAAUAUGAUGUGAAGAGGAUGAUAUUGAACUUAUACAAUAUCUGUUGAAGACUAUUGUUUAUGUGUCAACUAUGCUUUGCACCUGAUGGGGGUGUUUCAUAGAGUCUUUCUUCAAUUAUAGUUAACUCCAUUCUUUCUUAUUGGCGACAAGGGACUGAUCUUUUUGACAGUUCUCUUCAUAGCCAUUCCCUAGAACCUCGCUUAGCUGUUUGGGUAUAGCUGGCUCCUGCCUUGAGCAUGGCUACAGCCCCUGCAGUGCCUCCGCCAAGCGUUGCUCACGCAUAUCUAUCUACGAACCCCGUCACGUCUCCUGUCUCAGUCGUCAGUGCUCUGAGCGGUCAACCCAACUCGCAGAUCAUGUCCCAAGUGGCCCUAGCAGGAGGAGUCUCCAUGCCUCUGACUAGCUCAGCUCAAGGACCUCCCGGCACCAUCACAGUCGUGAAUCACAUCCCUGUGGUCCAAGCCUUCGCUGCAGAUGCUGGCUGGACGCAGCCGAGCAACAGCAGCCUCUUGAAUCACAUGCCCGUCAGUUCGGGACUAAAGCGCAGGGCCUCGGGAGAACAGGAUGGCAGUCCUGUGGGGAUGAAUCCUCUCGGUCAGACGCAGAGGAGGAAGGAGUCGCACAAUGCAACGGAGCAGAAGAGGAGGCAAAGAAUAAACGACAAGAUGAACGAGCUGAAAGAGCUCCUGCCUGGCUGUCGAGAGGCGCCGG